GUAGCGUUUAGGAGCUUUGUAAAAAGCAGCUCCUGCCGCGAUCACUGGAUUCCUUCCUCUAAUCUUUGGAGAUGCCAAUUGACUCAAACGAGCGCACGGAACGGCCUGGGGGCGGUGUAAAACUCUGUCCCCCGCCGUCUCGCUGUCCAUCCCACGUUACAGGCAGGACGCACACACUGGCUGACACACGUGUGUCUAAUUUAGGUGGCUGUGUGGCGCUGUACCCCUGACAGCACAGCGGUUUCCGUUCGGAGGAAAUGAUGGAGGAGGAAAGUUUCUGACGCCUGUCCGUGUUGCUGGGACUGCCCGCAGGAAAACUGCAGAUCAGUUUUCGCUUUGCGCGGCUCGCUCGUCCUCAGCAUAACGCACAGAGACUGUAAAACCUGAACAAUCUGAAUGGAUUUGGGAUUAACAGGGUCUCCGACAGUGAAAUGUCUCAGGACUGGAAAUGCAGCUCCACGCCUGUCUGUUGCUUUUUAUUAUCACAACAGAUAAAACAUUGGCCUUGUCGCACCACCACUGCGGAGGAAAUGUCAGCCUGGACCAAAAGCCUGCUGGUCACAUCAAUCUCACUUUACCUGUCCUUUCUACCGACACCAACAGACUCAACGUCUCGAGCCACCGGCCUGACGAAACCAAACCAGUUUCAGUUUGCACUUGGAUGAUAGAUAUUCCUCUGCGUCGGCUGGUGCUUUUAAAGCUUGUGCUGUUGGAAAGUGGUUCAAACGUAUCUGUGCGCUGUGUUUGGAAUGAGGAAGAUCGUGUCCUGGAGAGCGGGGGUACAGCGCUGCUAUCCGGCUGUGAUGGAAACAAAGCCACCCUCUCUUGGACAGGAGCAGGACGCUCCUCAAAUGCAGUUCAGCUGUCUUAUUACGUCCAGGAAGAUGAGAGGAAUUCCUCGGAGGACCACACCAGCCCACAUUCAGACCAAGACCUUGUGAGCCGGUCUCAGACAGGAACCAGCUUUACAAGCACAGCUCCUGCCGGUCAAGAGGUGGUGAGAGGGACAGAAGAGGGCAGAGGUCGCCUCUACGAAGGUCUGAAGGAGUUGAGUUCUAAGCCGCCGUCUGCGUCUAGUCCCUCCUCUCAGGACGAGGGAGCGCUGGACCCCACCUCACCCCCGCAGGGACUCACUGUGACUGGGAGAGCCGAUAGGGAAACUCUCCCUCUUCCUGAGGAAGAACCAAACAAUAGAGCGGAUACAUCUGGAGCUGCUCACCUCACUGAUGGCCCCAUGCCUGCCAGAGGGAGGACACACCCCUAUUUUCAGCAUACAUUCAGUACAGACUCACUGUUUCACACAUCACACCCAAUAAACACUGAGACAAACUCUGGCUACAUGCUGCCUCUGGCCCAGAUGGCACAGAAACAUGCAACAGCCAGCAGCUCCAACACCAUUCUUGGCACAGAUAUAAACACAAAUACAGUCGCUCAGACAUCUAAACUAUCCAUAACCACAGAAGCUCUCCUUGCUGUGUACAGCUCUAACAUCCCAAGUCUCACUUCUUCUCCCCCUGAGCGACCUUCCUGGACAACGUGGAAGAGUGGUACCAUCCUAAUCCCGCGUGGUGGAGCUGUUAGUCGAGCGCCCCGAGACAAACUAACCCAUUUCUGGAGGAACCAGAGAAGCACAGACAGACUUAACGCUGAUCUGACCUCCGCCGUCACCUCCGACCCUUUAAAAUCACAGACUGAACCACAGCAGGGGGGCUCAAGCAGUCCACACGCUGAUACUGAGCCCACUGCAGCGUCAUCAUCAUCAUCCUCCUCCUCGCAGGGCCCCAGCAGGAUUCGUUCAUCCUCCACCCACAUCACAGGGCCUGACACUGCUGUUGGUACUGCGGAGGCUGCUUCAUUUCAUCCACGCGUCAGUCGAACUGACUCAUUCGCAUCUGCUGCAUCAGUUACAAGUCAAACCUCUGCGUUCGAGUCCUCUGAUGAAUUUCAAAACACAGAAACGCUUCACUCUUCGACUUCUUCCACAGAAAGUGAGACAGGCUCUCCACAAAGCAAAGAGAGCGUCACACACUCCCCGCCUCCUUACACAUCCCCCCCACAGACGAGCAGAGAGGAGGCACAAACGGCAACGCGGAGGAAUUUUGUUAAUACAUACAUGACUACUAACGCCGUCUCCUCCUCGCCUGGCAUCACCGAGUCUUCCUCUACACGCGGAGCCGCGCUGACGUCGGGGGAUGUAGUCCAGAACGCUGCUGACACUGAAACUUAUACACUGCGUCCCACUUACACGCCCUCACGCGACCACUCAACCGCAGAUUCGCAGACUCCCGCUCCUCACGUAUCAUCCACGGCGUCCAUACGCUCACCCACACCUUCACAUGCACUCCAAACACUCACUAUAUUUUCUGACACCUCACAUCUCACCCACACGUCACUGCCCGUUCCCUCCGCUGCCACUGGAUCUGGACCACCCCCACAAACGUCAACGAUCAAAUCUUCACACACGCCUCGCACGCAAAGCCACCUGACUUUGCCGCCGUCUACUGAUGUCCCACCUACGCACAAACAGUCGCACGACUAUACGACUUCUGCGCAGACUCAGCUCACACUCACACCUGCUAAAUCACAUUAUGGACAUGGGGAGGUAGAUGUAGAAAAAGAGGAAGAGUCUUGGCAGUGGUUUCACGGCAGCACAUCUACACAAACUCCCACAGCUGGACAUCCACGGCGACCUCCACCCUGGACAGUCCCAGAUCCCAGUCAGAAGAACCACACAACAACCACACCUGCUCUUCCAACCUCCUUACCCACUCAGAAUUCCACAACUAGUCAGAAACCCAAGUUCUACAUUGUGGCAGACCAGCCUGCAGCCAUCAGAGUGGAGUCAAUUGAGCUUCUUCUGCAAAUCAUUGUGGAAGAGACCAGAUCUGCUUUUACUCCUGGCUUGGAGGAAGACACCACUGCAUGGGUGGAGCCGUACCUACAGAGAGCCCCGGGGUUCAACAGGCUGCUGGAAGUCUGGAGCAGUGGCCAUGCGGUGCAGAGCCUGGUGGAGUUUAAAACCAGGGGAGCUCUGCAGUGGCUCAGCAGGACUGGACCCGCAUCACUGUUGGAACGAACAGGACUAGCUCAGGCUGUCCGCGAGGGGAGAAGGUUCAGAUCGUCCAAGAUCACUAACAUCACUCUAGGAGGCCUGCAGGGUGAUGUGUGUGACUGGUUACUGCAGUGCCAAGCAGGCUACAAGUGUGUGUCCCAGCCUGGCACAUCAAACUACAGCUGCUCUUCUGUCUGCCACUCUGACUACUGCCACCAACAUGGCAUCUGCACACACCACCCGGGACAGCUUCCAGUUUGCCACUGCCUUGUAGGAGAGGACUUCUGGUACAUGGGUCAGAGGUGUGACGUGAGGAUGACUCGAGGGCGACUUGUGGCCGCAUGUCUUGCCAUCCUACUCGUCGUGGUGACAGUCAUUGGAGUUUUGGCGUUUGUGGCAGUGCGACGCUACCGAGCCGUCCUGAUCCAGGCCAAAGUAGAUCAGACACGGAGCAGCUAUCGCAGGUUCAACCAUUUUGAUGAGCUGUCAGGACGGUUCUGGUUGCGUUCGUGGGCAGGAUCAGCAGACUCGCUAGACAAUCCUGCCUUUACACGCUCCGAUGAGUUACUGCACCUGCGGGCGCUCGACCGCCCUUGCUGUUACCAUGACGACACGCUGUCACUUGCUUCAACUUGCCCCAGCCACGGAGCCCGCAUCAACACAAUCUACCCCCACAGCUCUCAGUAUGCGUGGAGGGGAAGCGAGAUGAGCAUGGGGGAUGGCGUGUUGGAUUCAGGUAAGGCCAGUGACCUUUCCGUCUGUAGCUGGCCUGUGGAACCCAUUCAGUGGACCCCCUUCCCACUCCUGCAGCAACUGGCCUCUCGCAGGACGCCCACAGUGAGGGUGUCCAGGCCUCGGUCCUACUGUGAGGGCAUGGAGCUGGUAGAUCUGGGGAAGAGCUGGACUGCUUGACAAACACAGAAGUGAAUCAAGUGUGUUCUCGCACUGGUAUCUGCAGCUCGUCUUUGCAUUGUGAACGUGUUUUUUGUGUUGUUGAUUGGAAAGAAAAGCCUGUAAAACAGUAAGUGUAAAUGUAUAUAUUACUGUAUAUUUUUUGUUAAAUAUGUUGCUACGUUGUCCGGUUUGAAUUUUCUGUUUCUGUUAUAAGCUCACUCUGACAGGAUGCAGGAUAUGCUGUAAAGACAGAGAAACAAAGAGGCUGCCUAAAAUGUCUGUGGCGUCUUACAUAAUGCUUUAAUAAACCUAAGUCUUACUCAGGGCAAAGACAAA